UAGUUUUGUAAAGUAAAAGCAUUCAAACAAUGACGACAUGAUUGUCACGUGACUCGCAUACAGACUCUGUCAUCAAAACGUGUUUAUUAUGUGAUUCACUGUUUAAGCAUUGAUUUGAUUGAACAUCACUUCAAGACAUAUCAAUUGACCUCAAAAUGUAUGAAACAAUUGGUUCACUUGAAGUCCAUCUCUUCAAAGAAGUGGCCAACGAUUGCCAUCAAUGGGAACAACAAUUAAUUGAUGAUAUUAUUGGACACAAAUAUUGUUCAUUUUUGAACAGAUCUAUUGUUAAAGAUAUCUUAAGAGACAUAAAUUUGAAUGAUUUUUCCAAUAAUUUAUCAUCAAUUGAGUCCAAGUUUAAUGUCAAGAGAGACCAGAUUUUACAGAUAAUUACCUUUUUUGGUAUUUCUUGUCUCGAGUUAUAUGUUUUCGACAAUUUUGUGUCUUUCAUAACACAAGACAUUGAAUUUGAUGAAUGUAUUGAAUUUAUUAAAGAAUUGAUACAUAAAUGUGAUUAUAGUCUUGAUAUCGACGGCCAAACCUAUUAUUCAAUGGCUAGAAAUGUAUCACUUCUUCGAUUAUCGCGAUGUCUUUUCCAUCAAAUGAAAGACCUGAUUAGUGAUAAAUUUAAUAUAUCGUUGAUUUUAUGGCGAAUGAGAUCCGCAUUCAUUCAUCAAAUUACAAUCGGAGAGCCGUCCGACUCAUUGUUUAAUGAAUUAUUAACCGAUUCAAAGAAAAUACAAGAGUUUAUUGAUACCAAUGAUAAUAAUAUUGGUUUACAUUUGAAAAUUGAAUUAUUAAAUGAAUUAUUAAAUAUAUUUUUAUGGUUUGGAGAUAUUGAAAGAAUUAAAUGUAAUUUAGAGAAGGCUAGAGAACUGUCGGGUCUUAAGAUUGGACUCAUCGGUGCUUUAGGUUUAAGGACUCAAUUUCAAGAGAAACCGGUCGCGCAAUUGAAGAUUGAAAUCAAUAGAAACAGUGGUAUAAAUGGGUCUUCAAAAACGUCUGAAACAGUUAUUGAUUUACCGAAAAAUAUGGCUCUAAAUGACGACACUUUACUCGAGAAGAUUAAGUUUAUAGCGAUUGAAGACAAUGAAAAUUUAGAUAAUUUAGUUUUACUGCCAUCGGAACAGAUACUGAUUUUGGCAUAUAUUAAAUCUGUUCAACGAAUUGGUUCGCCAUCUGAUGAACUGUUAGCAGAAGAGGUAAACUCUUAUUUAGAAUUUUUAAUUUCAAAGACUAAGAUUUGGUCGGUUAUGACAAAUGCUCUAUUGAUGCGAAGUCUUCUUGAAAAAAACAAACGAAGACGUGUUGAGCGUUCAAUGACACAAAUCAAUGAAUUAGUUGAUUCUGUCCGCGAAUCUAAACUAACUAUUAUUCAAAUUGCUAAGAGAUCCGACCAUUUUUAUGCCUCCCCUACGAACCCAUUUUGGAUAACAGAGCGACACUUAGCAAAUAUAUUGGUUUCACUCGGAGUCUAUAAGUCAGCUCUUGAUAUAUAUCUGAGACUCAAUUUAUGGGACGAUGUGAUUGAUUGUUAUCAAAGAAUUGGUCGUCGAGACAAAGCAGAGGCUGUAAUACGUGAACUAAUUGAAGAAAAAGAAACUCCACUUUUGUAUUGUUUGUUAGGCGACGUAACGGACGACAUAUCAUUUUACAAAAAAUCGUGGGAAUUAUCGCACCAUAAGUUUCCAAGGGCUCAGAAAUGUUUAGGAAACCAUUUCUUCCAAAAGAAACAGUACUCGGAUUGCAUACCAUAUUAUAAACUUUCUCUUGAAAUAAAUUCAAUGCAAUCAGAUGUCUGGUCGAGACUAGCAUUCGCCGCAAUGUUUACCGAAGAUUAUGAGUUAGCAGCUACUGGCUAUCGACGAUAUAUUCAGUUUGAAACCUCCAGUUUUGAGGCCUGGAAUAACCUCUCAAAAGCUUAUAUAAAAUUAGGUCAAAAAUUCCGUUCGUGGAAAACAUUACAAGAAGCCAUUAAAUGCAAUUAUGACGAGUGGAAGAUUUGGGACAAUUAUAUUGCUGUUUGUGUCGAUAUCGGAGCUUUUACUGAAGUGAUUCAAUCGUGGCACCGACUUAUUGAUAUCAAAGGUCAAUAUAUUGACGACUCUAUUGCCGAGAUAUUGAUCUCUGCUAUCUGUGGCGGUAUUAAUGAUCGAAACGGUGAAUCAGCCGCUAAAUUGGCUUCAAAGGCACAAGAAUUGUUUGGACGGAUAUCAGCUACAAGUAAUGGGUCGACUAAAAUAUGGAGACUUUACGCUAAAUUACUUAUGAAUAAUAAAGUGAAUGAUAGCGAAAAAGUAAUACAAUGUCUACAAAAGUGUCACAGAUGUGCUGUUCAAUCAAAUGAUUGGCAAAAAGAUCCCAAAUUAAUGGUCAAUAUAUUGAAUCAUUGCUUACUUCUCGCUAAUGAAUAUAUCAAAUGCUCUCUUAUGGACACAACUAAAGCUUUAAGGAUAUUAUCGUCUUCUAAAUUAGCGUUGAAUUCUGUGAUCCUUCUAAUUGACAAAAAUAAAGAUUAUUGGAUUCAAUCUGAUCUUAAAGACAAUAUUGAAAAACAUCUUAAGGAAUGUCAACAAAUGUUUGACAUAAUUGUGACAAAAAUCAAAGAAUUUGAUUGA